AUGGCUGUAAUGGCCAAGUUUUAUCCAGACAGGUACCCAACACAAGACCUGAGGGAGAACUUCUGUCGAAAUCCCAGCAAUGACCCCGGUGGUCCGUGGUGCUACACCACAGACACCAACGUACGAGCCGAGGAGUGUGGCAUACCAAAGUGUUCGCACGAGGUCUGUAUGACGUGUAAUGGAGAGGAUUACCGGGGCAAAAUGGAUCGUACAGAAAGUGGCAAGGAGUGUCAGAGAUGGGACUCACAAAAGCCUCACAAACACAACGUGCAGCCGAAAAUGUAUCGGGAUAAAGACUUAAAGGACAAUUACUGUCGUAACCCAGAUAAUCGUCUUCGACCUUGGUGCUUCACCAUGGAUCCACAAACUCCAUGGGAGUAUUGUAACAUCACCGUGUGCGGUAAGGGCUUGGUUUUAGUCUUAAAACUUCUGAACCUGGCAACCUAG